GGGAAACGGUGUAUCAAUCUCACUGCGGUCUAGACGCUGAUAUAAAGACCAUGGGACGGUGUACCUCGCUCAGAUGCAGUACCAAGUAGCACCAAGUUCGGCUACACUGAGCAAGCAGUCGGAAGUUUCUGACUUUGAUCCUCUCUCCUCCAAUCUUCAAGCAUGCCUUCCGCCAGCCCCUCGCCUCUUAAUGUAUUGAUUGUAGGAGCAGGUAUCGCUGGUUUCAGUGCUGCCAUUUCCUGCCGUCGUGCUGGCCACAUUGUCCAGAUCUACGAGCGAUCAUCGCUGAAUAACGAGCUCGGCGCCGCCAUCCACGUAUGUCCCAACGCUUCCCGUGGACUUCUGGCGUGGGGUCUGGAUCCUGUAAAGGCACGCUUUGUGACAUGUAACAGCACAUUCCGGGCCCACGGCUCAACUCUGGAAAAGUUUCAUGAGACCGAUGAGUCGUACAUAACCUCCAAGUUUGGAGCACCUUGGUACCUGGCACAUCGUGUUGAUUUGCACGAAGAGUUAAAGCGCCUAGCAACUCAGAAGGGGGGAGAAGGAAGACCUGCAGAGGUUCAUCUCAAGUCUGAAGUGACGAAAUAUGACCCCGAAACCGGUACUAUCUACUUCAAAGAUGGCAAGUCUAUUACAGGAGACUUGGUUAUUGCAGCAGAUGGCGUCCAUUCCCGUGCGGUGGAAGCCAUACUUGGAGCUCCGAACCCCGCUCUACCAACCACGAAUUAUAACUUCGCAUAUCGCUUCUUGAUUCCCUCAAAAGACAUUGCGGAUGACCCGGAGACUGCUCAAUUUAUUCAAGAUGGUGACGGCCGAAUAACCAUGGCUGUGGGAGACGGAAAACGAUUGGUGUGGUAUCCAUGUCGGAACAAUGAAAUAUAUAACUUUGUGGGGAUCUUCCACAGUGACGAGCAGGUGGAUCAUGAAGAUUGGCAAACUGCUGUAGAUCCAUCCGCCCUCCUUGAGCGCUACUCGGAUUUUCAUACUUCCGUUCUGGCAGUACUCAAGAAAGCAACAGAUGUCAAACAAUGGCCCCUCCUCUACCGCGCACCCCUUCCUUCAUGGCGCAAAGGCAAGCUAGUUCUAGUUGGAGAUGCUGCACACCCUAUGCUUCCACACCAAGGCCAAGGUGGUUGCCAGGCAAUCGAAGACGCACUGGCCUUGGGCAUUAGUUUGAUGGACUGCACCCCUGAGGUUUUCGACCAAAGGAUUCAGCUCUAUGAAAAAAUAAGAAUGAACAGAGCAAGCGUCAUAACCAUAUUUAGCAAUGCUGGGCAAGACGAGCCAGAAAAGAUGUACGCAGAAGUAAGAAAGUUCAUACCCGCAGACAGUAUUCCGAAAACUCCCGAGGAGUUUUUCAAGUAUAAUUUUGGAUAUGAUGUUGUGACGGAUUCUAAACAAGCAAUGCUACGAGAGAAUCCCGAGUGGGAGUUACCAGACACGUUCUUUGAGACGAAACCCGCAAAAGGGCUUUAUCCUUGCGAAUAA